AAAGUUGGAUCUGGGAGGGUGGCCGCUGCGGCUGCGGGAGCGGAGAGGCUGCCAGUUCCCGGCAGCGCAGGGAGGAGGGAGGCGCGGGCGGGGCGCGGGCGGGGCGCGGCGCCGGGGAGGGGAGCGGCGCGCAAGGGAGGGCAGGAGGGGAGGGAAGAAGAGAAAGAGGGGAGGGCGGCACCGCCCCUAGCCCAGAGCUCCGGAAGUGAAGCGGCCAGACCAACGGCUAAUGGAUGCGGAGCGGAGGGCUCGCUGACAGCUCUCCGCGCCUGGGGCAGCUUGGCUUGGCUGAAGCUAAGACUCAGACACAUCAUUGUGUGGAGGUGGGUGACGUCUUCCUGUGCUAGAAGGUGAAUAAUAAGCUCAACUCUUGCAGAACACGCGGGAACACAUAAACAGGGGUCCAAGGCGCCCUGCUGGGAGACUUCUCUCCAAGAGUUCUGGGUGCCAUACUGGAAGGCAUUUUCCCACCAACUGGAGAGAGGCGAAACAGAGACCAGGAGGCUGUGGAGAAAGCAGCUGUCCCAGGUGCCUCAACUAUCAGAGAAGCGUCGGUGUCACGUGGCUGCCAGCAUCUUUGAGAAGAUCAUCUGCAAGCAGACUUCAGAGCUGCAGGCAGAGGUGUGGUUAGAACUGACUUAGAACUCAGGUCUAAACACCACAAGAAGUCCUGAGUUCUUGCCACUGGGUAGGGCAGGGUUAUUUGUCCAGAAAACUUUGUGACUAUCUUGGAGGGACCUAGCCUGGGACCCAUUCACUGGUGGGUUCUAAGGUUAGAGGCUCAUCCGGGAUACUUUCAAUACUAAGUCAGUGCAUAGCAACCACUAACAGGUUGGUACCCGUAGAGUCGGAGCGGGUCAGUUCUUGGGAAGAUGGCACUGGCACUCUUAGAAGACUGGUGUAGGAUAAUGAGUGUGGAUGAGCAGAAGUCACUAAUGGUUACCGGGAUACCGGUGGAGUAUGAGGAGGCUGAGAUUCAGGAGGUCCUUCAGGAGACUUUAAAGUCUCUGGGCAGGUAUAGAUUGCUUGGCAAGAUAUUCCGGAAGCAGGAGAAUACUAAUGCUGUCUUACUAGAGCUUCUGGAAGAUACUGAUGUCUCAGCCAUCCCCAGUGAGGUCCAGGGGAAAGGGGGUGUCUGGAAGGUGAUCUUUAAGACCCCCAAUCAGGACACUGAGUUUCUGGAAAGGCUGAACCUCUUUCUAGAAAAAGAGGAGCAGACCAUCUCGGGUAUGUUUCGAGCCCUGGGGCAUGAGGGCGUGUCUCCAGCCACGGUGCCCUGCAUCUCACCAGAAUUACUGGCCCAUCUGUUGGGACAGGCAAUGGCACACGCGCCUCAGCCCCUGCUACCCAUGAGAUACCGGAAACUGCGAGUGUUCUCGGGAAGUGCCGAGCCAGCCCCGGAGGAAGAGCCUUUUGAGGUCUGGUUGGAACAGGCCACGGAGAUAGUCAAAGAGUGGCCGGUAACAGAGGCAGAAAAGAAGAGGUGGCUGGCGGAGAGCCUGCGGGGCCCUGCCCUGGACCUCAUGCACAUAGUUCAGGCAGACAACCCGUCCAUCAGUGUGGAAGAGUGUCUGGAUGCCUUUAAGCAGGUGUUUGGGAGCCUGGAGAGCCGCAGGACCUCCCAGGUGAGGUACCUGAAGACCUAUCAGGAGGAAGGAGAGAAGGUGUCGGCCUAUGUGUUACGGUUAGAAACCCUGCUCCGGAGAGCGGUGGAGAAACGCGCCAUCCCGCGGCGCAUCGCGGACCAGGUCCGCCUGGAGCAGGUGCUGGCCGGGGCCACUCUUAACCAGACGCUGUGGUGCCGGCUCAGGGAGAUGAAGGAUCAGGGCCCGCCCCCCAGCUUCCUUGAGCUAAUGAAGGUAAUACGGGAAGAGGAGGAGGAAGAGGCCUCCUUUCAGAAUGAGAAUAUCGAAGAGCCAGAGGGAGGAGAUGGCUAUGGCCGCUGGGAUCAUGAGGGGGAGGACUGAAAGCCACCUGAGUGCAGGGCCACAGCCAGUGGGCCUAGGGACAUGCGCCUUGCUAGGCUAAGAACUUUAAAGAAUUUUUCUCUUUAAUCUAUGGGACUGAAAUCAAGGCAUGAAACCCAAUUAUUGACAUUUUUUCCUUCCUUCCUUCUUUCCUUCAUUCCGUCCUUCCUUUUAUUCUUUCUUCUUUCUUGGGUCUCACUCUCCUCGCCCAGGCUGGAGUGCAGACGCACAAUAAUCUCGGCUCCCUGCAGCCUUGACUUCCCAGGCUCAGGCUCAGGUGUUCCUGACACCUUAGCCUCCCAAGUACCUGGGACUACAGGCAUGCUCCACUACGCCUAGCUUUUUUUUUUUUUUUUUUCCUGUAUUUUUAGUAGAGACAGGGUUUUGCUAGGUUGCUCAGGCCAGUCUGGAACACCUAGGCUCAAGCGAUAUGCCCAACUCAGCCUCCCAAAGUUCUGGGAUUACAGGCAUGUGCCACCAUGCCCAGCCAGAAAAAUCACCCAGUGAUUUUUCUUUUUUUAAAGAAUGUAUCUACGAGUUUCUUAGACUCUAUGUAGAUUACUAAUGAACAAGAGAUUAGACUCCAAAUAUUAGGUAGUAAAUCUGAAGGAAUCUGAAACACUCGUACUUCCCAUUUUCUUUAAGUAAUCCCAAGUAGACUAGAGUUGGCCCAUACCAUAGAAGAAAGAAUUGGCAGUCAAACAAAAAAAACCUUUUGUAAUUAUGUUUGAAAAAUAAAGCUAUUUGACUUGUCAGCUGUUUUCCUUUCUAAAUCAGCAAAUUUUCUCUGAGUACAGAAAUUCUCUGUACGAGGAGUUACCAGACUACAGCUCUAACCUGCAGUUGAGCAGUUAUAAAUCUACAAAAUGGGCCCUGCCCUCAGAGGUUCUAGUCUACAUGAGGAGAUGAUCUAGACAGGUAAAAGGCUAACUAACCCUUUGUGUAAAUAACCCCAGUAAAAGUGUCAUCACUCCAUGAAUAGGAGCAUCUCCACCUGCAGAUUUUUGUCGUUGUGGUUGUUGUUGUUUUAACCUGGGAAUCAGUCCUGCCUUUCUGCCAGGUGUCAGAUGGAUGGUCCCAGAACUAUGUGCUGUGUCAGGCCCUGAAAACACAGAUGACUCAACCUAAGCUCUGCUUUCAAGAAGUCCCCAGCCUUGGAAAAAUAUAAAAUAAUUUUUGUAUUUUUAGUAAAAACAGGGUUUCACCAUGUUGGCCAGGCUGGUCUUGAACUCCUGACCUCGAGUGAUCCACUCACCUCAGCCUCCCAAAGUGCUGGGAUUACAGGCAUGAGCCACCACACCCAGCCUAAUCUUUGACUCUCUGGUAAAUAACAGCUAGAUUAAAAUGGGCUGAUAACCAAAUUUUAGCACAUUAGCAUUCACCACCAGGUUUGAUUUUAUUUCCAGAUUGGCUCAUUUUGUGUAGAUCUUGGAGCAAAGCUUCCUUUAUGGUAUCUGUGUACGUAUCCAAACUUCCUUUAACUGUACAUAGAUUUAAAAGUAGUAGCACCACGUGGGUGUUUAGAUCAGACCUGUGUAUGUCGUGUGUCAUGUAAGUGUGUGCGUGCAGUGCAGAGGAACACCAUUUAGUUAUACGUGCUAGCCAAAGCUCCAACACAAUUGAUGUAUGGUCUCAUGGUAGAUUUGUGCAUACUGUAAAUAAAUUGCUUAGCUUAUCUAGACAUCAGUUUCCACCUCUGAAAAAUGAGAAGAUGAGAGUACACAGUUGUGAUGAGGAUCAGAUAACUUAAUGCUUUUUAAGCACUUUGCAUGACAUCUGGAACGCAGAAAGCCCUCAGUACGUUGAGACUGUUAAGAUUUUCGUGAUGUUCCUGCCUGCUCAAUGCAUGCCGUCUUUAUUGUUCUGACAGUUGUGUGAUAACAAGUUAAUAUGCUUCCAGUUGACUCCCAGGCUACCUUGGUGUUAGAAACUAUUUCCGCGCUUGCUGUAAAUUUGAGUACUUCUUGUUUUUUUUAUAUUUGUGAUGACUCUUCCAGCAGCUGUUGACAAUUGUUAGAGGUUUGACUUUUAAAUAGUCACUUAUUUUUUCUGAUUGUGGUUUGGUUUAACUAAAGAAUAUCCUGGGAUUGUAAGAAAAGCAUUUUUUAAGAGGUAUCAUUUGUGAUCAAUUCUCUUUCUAAAUUGUAGUUUUAAUACUGUUUGACCAAAGUGAUACAAUUGUUACCAUGACACUCUAAUUUCAUGUGUUUUUGUAUUUGUGAAAGUGGUCUCAUUGUCAUUUCUUGACAGUAUACAAAGUAAAAUGUUAUAAAUGUGAAGUUAUCAAAUAAAUACAUGCUAAUAGAA